GACUAAUUAAUCUACUAGGACAGCCGAUCCCCAUACUGCGAAGCGUAACUUUAUAUUUAGUUCCCAAAAGUAAAGAAGAUGUCUCUAGUAGUGCCAAAUGUUGCAAUAAUGUGAUUUAUAUUAAUCUCAUCUGACGGGUUAGAAUGACAACUAUCGUCAUGCUAUCGUCUCGCCUUACUGUUAAUGAUGGUUUCCGUGAGAUGGCUCUACGAGCAUACCCGUACUGAAUGCGUUUCGUUUGACGCAUAUUUGAAGCUAUUAGAUACAUAAAAAAAUAUACAUAUUCAUAAUUUAAUUGCAUUACCAAUGUCUAACUGACUAAUAAUUUAAUAAAACUAAUACAUUUUUCUUUCACGUAAUUAUAAAUGCCUGUAAAAAAAUAUUUAUGUUAUUAAAUUAUCAAAAAUAUCUUCAAAAAACCGAAUAUUCAUGUUUUCGUGCAUUGGAAUAGGUACAAUUCGUUAUUGUUAUUGAUGUCGUUUGCUUUUCAAGUGUUUGGAGAAUAUCGUGUUAUUUUUUAUUUUGAGACCUUAUUUUUGAGACCUAAGCGUGUAUUCCGGAUAAAGAUUGUGCCUAACCUGUGACCUAGCAAGAAUUUGGACUUCGAGUUGCCCUCCGAUUGGUUUUGUGAUUGAGAAAGAUGUCGUAUACGAAGUGCGUUUAUUACAAUUGUAAAAACACAAGUCAAGAAAUUUCUAUGUUUCGGUUUCCAGUACAUGAUCAAGAGCGUCUAUUACUUUGGAUUCGAAAUUCGGGGAAUAUUUACCUGGAUUCAUUAACAAUUGAUGAACUAAGUCGUCGGUACAUUUGUGCGGCCCACUUCCAUCCAAAAAACUUACAUAAUGGGAAUUUAAGAAGUCGUUUACUUGGACCAGCAGUUCCAGAAUCAUUCCAAAACGAAGCAGGAGUUUCAGGUAACCUGCCAUCCCCUGAAGUCUUGAAAGUGAUGACACCAAAGAGGUUUUAUGCCAGAAAACGAAAAAUUUCCCCAAUUGAAACAAGGAGUUCUUCACCAACAAGUUUAAAUUCAGUCUUCGAGGGACCAAUAUCUACUCCAACAGGAAGGUUAUCUAGGAGGAGUGAAUUUCUGGGACCACAGAGAAGACUGUCUAGAAAAUGUUUGUUCCAAGAACAACAAGAUGACACGCCAAAAACAAAAAGAAUGAAAUAUACAGCCUCUAGCUUAAUAAAAGAAAAUAAAGCGUUAAAAGCACAGAUACGAAGACUUCGGAGUAAAUCCAAAGUUUCAUCUGGAGUACUUCUCAUAAAACCAGGUGAUUUUAGAAGUGAAACAGCAAAAACUCUUGCUCUAAUGCAAACACGAAAAAUAAAUGAAAAGAAGAAGUGGACAAAAGAAGAAAAAAAUGUUUGCUUAUCUUUGUUUUACAAAUCCAGCUCGAACUAUAUGUUCAUGCGAAGACAAGGAGUGGUGCUUGCCGCGCCUUCCACUAUUAGAAAAUGGCUGUCAGAGUCAAAUUGUUUACCUGGCUUGUGUCCAGGAGUGUUUACUCAGUUAAAAAAGCGUUUUGAAAAUGCCACCAUAAAAGAAAAAGCUUGUAUAGUGUGUUUCGAUGAGAUGUCAAUAAUGCAAAAUUUAGAAUAUUCAAAGAAACAUGACAUUAUUGAAGGCUUUGAAGAUUUAGGAAAAAAUCAACGUACUGUAAUGUGA